CUCGAUUUUCCGACAUUUCUUCCAAUUCCGAGACCAGAUCACCUGCGCGAAACUGCACAGCUGCAAUUUCUAAUAGCCCGAUUUGAUUUUCUAUUGAGACUCUACAUAUCGGUGUAUCUUUCAAUCAUGUGCAACGGUAAUUCCACGCGUGUCGCCCAAGGAGGCUCAAUAGCAGUGCUUCGUCCGACCUCGCACCUUGUACGAACACAGUCAGAAGAGGAUAUGCUUCUCGUAUUCAGCAACCAGCUCGCCUAUCCAGGAACAAGAGUUGAGUUUCAGGGUUUAGACGAGGAUUUCCAGCAAGAGAGACAUUGGGUAGUCAUCCAUCGAGACGGCGAUAUUUCUACGUCCUCGCAAUCCACACGAACAAGUCCAUUGUACACUUUUCCUUUGAACUCGGCCCUGAAUUCUACAGUGCAGUUGUCGCAACACUUGGAUCUCGGUGUCGGCGAUACUGGCAUAAUUGGAAGAAGGAUUUCAGUCAUGACUGGAUCAACUCAAGGUCCCUUGAUAGUGGCUGAAGGAAUCAUCGGAUGGAACUGAGAUUGCGAGGGUAAUUAAUGUUUCUCUUUAGCAUUAAGCAUUUUCUGUUGGUUUUCCAUGGCGCAAUGUAUAUUCGGGCUGUUUGGAUUUGUGUUUGCUACCGACACUACAUGUGAAGGAGAUCUUGGUACAGAACGAUCAGAUGUCCCUGUGCCAUGGUAUCGAGGAGCUACAACAAUACCAGCUCAAUAUAAACGACGUCACAGUCCGGAGCGGUUGCAAACGGCCAAACCGUGUGUGUUCGUGUGUAGACACGUGUUCAGGCAUCCUGGCUGCGAAGCUGGACAUAGGGAC